AUGUCCCAAAAGAAUUCGCCUAUCAUCAUCGUCGGUGGCGGACUGGCCGGCCUCGUUGCCGCCUUUGAACUGUCCAAACGCAAGGUCUACACUGUUAUAGUAGACCAAGAGAACGAGGACAACCUGGGUGGGCAAGCCUUCUGGUCUCUAGGGGGAUUGUUUUGCGUGAACUCAACGGACCAACGCCGAAAGGGUAUUCAAGAUAGUCGAGAGCUGGCGAUGCAGGACUGGUUCAAUAGCGCGCGUUUUGAUCGUGAAUGCGAUCUCUGGCCCAGGAAAUGGGCGAAAGCAUUUGUGGAUUUUGCAACUGAUCAUCUUGAGCACUAUGUCAAGUCCGUGGGAGUAAGCUUCACCAGCGUCGGCUGGGCGGAACGCGGAGAUGGGAGCGCAGGAGGGCACGGAAACUCCGUCCCCAGAUUCCAUUUGGCAUGGGGCACCGGUCCGGCUGUUGUAGAGGCUUUCGAGAAACCGGUCCGAGCUGCAGCAAAGAAAGGGUUAGUUAAGUUCAUGUUUCGCCACCAGAUAGAUUCUUUGAUAGUCGAUGAAUCUACCGGAGCUGCCAUCGGAGUGCGGGGCCGAGUGCUUGAGCCAUCUGAUACAGCGCGCGGUGUAGCGUCCAGCCGGAAGAGCAUUGGCACAUUCGAGGUGUACGGCAGCGGAGUGCUGAUUGCAAGUGGAGGUAUUGGUGGCAACAUAGACUUGGUUAAAAAGAACUGGCCCAUUGACCGACUCGGGGCACAACCGUCGAACUUCGUUAUCGGUGUCCCUGCACACGUAGAUGGACGCAUGAUUGAGAUUGCCAAAGAGGCUGGGGCCAAUGUGAUCAAUGAAGAUCGCAUGUGGCACUACACCGAAGGCUUGCAGAAUUGGAACUCCAUUUGGCCACAGCAUGGAAUACGGAUCAUCCCUGGGCCCUCUUCGCUGUGGCUAGAUGCCACAGGCAAACGGCUACCCCCAAUGCUUUAUCCUGGUUGCGAUACCCUUGCCACUUUAAAGCAUAUCUGCAACACGGGCUAUGACUAUACUUGGUUUGUACUUGACAAAACUAUCAUUGGCAAGGAGUUCGCUCUUUCGGGCUCCGAACAGAAUCCAGACUUGACGGGCAAAAGUACUCUACGCACGCUCCAUCGUGUACUUAGCUCCUCGCCUCCUGGACCCGUUCAAGCGUUUAUGGAUAAAGGGCCCGACUUUGUGGUUGAGGCAACCAUACCAAAGCUAGUGGCUGGAAUGAACCAACUCGCCAAAGAACGAGGUGGGCCUCUUCUAGACGUUGAGAAGAUCGAACAUGAGAUCCGCCUCCGGGAUAUGCAGAUUGACAAUAAAUAUACCAAGGAUGCCCAAAUAAUGCUAAUUCAAAAUGGACGCAACUACUGGCCAGAACGACUUGGACGAGUGGCUAAACCACACAAGCUCGCAGAUCCUUCCCAUGGUCCGUUUAUUGCUGUACGCCUGAACCUUCUUACCCGCAAAACUUUAGGGGGACUUGAAACGGAUCUAGAUGCGUGUGUACUUCGUCCGGAUGGUUCACGUUUUCCCAACUUGUACGCUGCAGGCGAGGUUUCGGGUUUUGGUGGAGGGGGAGUACAUGGGUAUAGUGCGCUUGAAGGGACAUUCUUAGGAGGCUGCAUCUUCUCCGGACGAACAGCUGGCAUCAAAAUGGCCGAAGCGGUGGCGGGAAAGUCACCACGGCCGUCUUUGUAA